CGUUUAUGGUUCGUGGACAAAGUGUAAACAACGAUGGCGGGCGUCGCUUCACGAGUGGAAGAGCUGAUUAAAUAUUUUAAAUCGCAUAACAAAAUUCGGGAGCAGCAGAGUCACUCGGCUAAGGUGCACAGCGUCGGCUGGAGCUGCGACGGCAAAUACCUGGCCUCAGGUUCCUUCGACAAGUCCGUCUGCAUAUUUUCUUUGUGUCCUGAUCGCUUGAAGCAAGAAACAACUUUUAGAGGACAUGGCGGUAGCGUGGAUCAAUUGUGCUGGCACUCCUUCUACCCAGAAUUAUUAUCCACAGCGAGUGGAGAUAAGACAGUUCGUAUCUGGGAUACAAGGACACAGAAAUGUACGGCUAACAUCAGCACAAGGGGAGAGAAUAUCAACAUAUCAUGGUCGCCGGACGGUAACACGAUCGCGGUUGGAAAUAAGGAGGAUCUCGUGACUUUCAUCGAUGCCCGGGUAAUGAAGAUACGCGCGGAGGAGCAAUUCAAUUUCGAGGUAAACGAGAUUUCAUGGAACAAGGACUCGGACACAUUCUAUCUGACGAACGGCCAAGGUUGCGUGCACAUACUUAGCUAUCCCGAGUUGGAAUUGUUACACGUGAUCAAGGCGCAUCCGGGUACAUGUAUCUGCAUCGAGUUUGAUCCGACUGGCCGAUAUUUUGCUACCGGAUCGGCGGAUGCGCUGGUGUCCCUAUGGGAUGCCGACGAAUUGUGUUGCUUGAGGACGUUUUCGCGAUUGGAGUGGCCGGUGCGCACCAUCUCCUUUUCGUUUGACGGACAGUUGUUGGCGGCGGCAUCCGAGGAUUUAGUUAUAGACAUUGGUGAGGUGGAGACCGGCGAGAAGAUCGCCGAUGUCUCGGUGGAGGCAGCGACAUUCACUGUUGCGUGGCACCCGAAACAAUAUCUCCUAGCUUACGCGUGCGACGAUAAGGACACUUACGAUCGGAAACGCGACGCUGGGAGUUUAAAGGUAUUCGGUUUUCCGAACGAUUGAGCGAUUAUUCUUGUACUGAACUCACAUUGUGCAGACAUGUGUUAUCUUAUUUUAUAAACAUAUUUUAAUUUAAAGAUACAAAUUAAGUGAGAGAGAUAUAUAUAAAUUUGAUAUAAAUUUAAAGCGAUCUUUCACACUUGCUGUGCCGCGUAAUUUACAAAGUUGCAACACGUUUUUUUAAAGUAACAAAUUAUACAGAUAAGCAUAAAACAUUUUUUACAAAUAUGGAAAAAUAUGAUAUAUUUAUACAAAGGAGAAUAUAUUAAUUCUUUUAGACC